UAAACAGCUUUAGUAUCAUUUGUGGUAACAGUCAUACUGAAUUUAAAGUAAAUAGUAGUGCUUAGAGUUUAAAAUAGAUACUUAAGUAUGUGAAAAUAUUGAUUUAAUUUAUUUGGUAGAAGAGGAUAAUAAACAUGUGCAAUUGUAAAGGAAAUUGUUACCGCAGCAGUGUCAGGAGUGUGUCGGCGAAACUGUGUAUGGCGCGAGCACUGUACGACAACAUCGCAGAGUCCCCAGACGAGCUGGCCUUCCGUCGCGGGGACCUGCUGACUGUCUUGGAGCAGAACACCGGCGGCAGCGAGGGCUGGUGGCUUUGCUCAUUGAGGGGACGACAGGGCAUAUGUCCGGGCAACCGGCUGCGGAUAGUGGCGGGGGUGUUCGACGCGAGCGCGGCCAUGCAGCGGCGGCGCGCGCGCCCGCCCGCGCCUGUCGCGCACCAGCCGCUACCGGCACAAAAUUCGCCCGCUUUUACAAAAAUCGAGGAGUGCUCACACUACGAUGUGCCGCGCGCGCCUAUGCCAGUACAGCGCAUCGGCACUUACGACUCCCCGCGGCCUGUGGGCGACUGGUACGACGCCCCCCGCGCGCCCCGCCCGGCCUCCGCAGACUCAGCGUGUAGCGGCACCGGGUCCCUCGCCUCUGCUACGUCCAGCGCCUCGGCCAACUCGGGCAGUUCCGUACACUCGGCAGCUUCAGCGUCCAGCACCUACGACGUGCCAAGGUCGAGAGCCCUGCCGUUACCCUGUGACGCGGCGUUGGAAGCUUUAGAACGGUUACAAGAGGAAGCAUCAGCAGCAGUAUCAAGACUACUCUCGUACGUGACGCCCGGGUGGCGGCGGCGCGGGGCGCUGCGGCCGCGAGUGUUGGACGUGCGCGUGGCUGGAGCAAGACUGCGGGCGGCGCUGCAUGACUUGGCAGUGUUCGCUGAUGCCACGCUUGCUAACGCGCACGAUGCGCAAGAUAAAGGUAUCGCAGUAAAGCUACGCCCGCUAGUCAAAGCGCUGAAGGACGCGGAACGCAUCACGCACGAAGCUACGAGCGCGCUGGACGCGGGAGAUUGGGCACCGGAGAGACUAGAGAGAGACAGAGAGCCCACAGACGGGACGCAAGACGCGCUGGAUCAGCUGGUGGCGUGUGCGCGGUCGCUGACAGAAGACGUGCGGAGAGCCGCCUCGUUCAUACAGGGAAAUGCGUCGUUACUAUUUAGACGAUCAGCGAUAGUGCCAGAACACGAGUGGACGGAAGAGUAUGACUACGUGCGAUUGGAGUCGCGGACGGCGGUCGGCCGACGCAACGCGGAGAUACGCGCCGCGCUACCUGACAAGCUGCGAGCGUCCUUCGACGCGCUCGUACGAGACGCCGACCACGCUGGCGAGGUGAGCGCAGUAGCUGCGGCGACUCGCCUCCCUCCCGAUGACCGCCAGCUGGCUGCGUUCUACGCAGCGCAGACAGCCACUUAUGGAGCACAUCUGUCUACCGCCGUGGAAGCGUUCCUCAGAACUAUAGAGAUGGGACAACCGCCCGAUGUGUUCCUAGCGCACGGGAAGUUUGUUGUGCUCAGCGCGCACAGGAUAGUCCAUGUUGGCGAUACUGUUCAUAGGAGCGCUCAACACGCCGGUCUAAAAGCGAGAGCUCUCCGAUGUUCCGACGCACUAUCGGACGCUUUAGCCGCAACGGUCGCGAAAACGAAAGCAGCCGCGCAACAGUUCCCUUGCGCCAGCGCCGUGGCAGAGAUGGCAGAGGCUGCCCGAACGUUAGCGGCCCGCGCGAUGGAGCUGCGACGAACACUCGUCCGCGCCUGCGACCCCCCCGCGGCAGACACCCCGCUCACCCCCGCCACGGCCGUGCCCCCCUCGCUCCCCACCACGCCGCUCACCCCCCUCACCCCGCACAACUCCGGCAUGCCCAACAUCGCGACCCUACAGAUAUAAACCUAACAAAACGCGCCGAUGUCGCGCCUGGUCUUAUGAUGAAAUGAGGGUAGUUGCACUCGUAAUUAUAGUUGGGUUUGGCGACGAUAAACAUCGAAUUUUUUAGAGUUGGAUUUUUGAUUGGAUGGAGUAUUUUAGGUGCGAUGAGAAAGAGUAAGCUUCUCAAGAUGGAAUGUUAGUGACGGAUGGGUUUGCUCAACUAUAGGGACGAUGUACGAUGUUUGUACAUAGAGCGGUGACUGCUGUGUAUUAUAAUUGAAGAUCGUACACCGGGACGAAAUCCUGGGCGAUACGAGGCGUAUCUGCGGAAGGGCGAUGAAUACAUUGUUCGGCCGGACCACAUCCCAGUGUGACAACCGGGAGCCGAGUAGUAUUCUGAAGCACGAAUCCUAUCACAGAUCGGUCGUGCACACAUUACCAAAGAAAGCUGAGAUAGGUAGUACGAUACAUCAACAUGACUGCCACUACGGACGAAUAAACUGUAACCAAGUUUCUAUUAAAUGUUAGCGUAUAUAUAGAUACAAUAAAUUGAAGGCUGCCAUUUACAACAUUUUCUUUUGAACGAUUUUAAGACAGGGCUGGAUUUAGACGUUGAUGUUUUGCAAGUAGAAUCAGGGAGGCGACGUGCAGUAUUAAGAAAGAAUUACAUCGCCGGUAUUAUUUAUGAUUCCCUCCAUGGGAUACUAAGCCGGCCCUGGAACAUAAUACAAUCAGAAUAGCAGGGUAUCUUCAUAGUAAGUUAUAAAUACGCACACAAAUUCACACAGUAACAAAUUAUCAGUCAAUGUGGACUGUCAGAAGUGAGUGUGUCUUUGUGUACAUGUUUAUAAGUAUACAUUAUGUAAAACGCUUUUGAAGAAUGUAUAUGAAGAUAGAUAAAAGUAGUGCCUAUAGACCAAGCAAGAUAAGUCGCAUAGACCAUACCUUGUACAGUCAUGAGCAAUAUCAUGUACCCACUUUAGAACCCUGUCGCACUAUCAUAUUUGACAUUUAAUGACACGUACGGUUUAAUUUGUCAAAAAAGUUAAUGUGACAUGGUUUCAAAAUGUAUGCAUAUUGGUACUCGUGACCGUACGUAGGUAAUAUUUUAAUCGCGUGCAAGGAGUCAUUUUCCAAAAUGACUAGGCACUAUGUCAUAAACAUGACAACUGUAAAUUACAAUUCAUUGUAGGUACAGCCAACGUCGUAACAUGAGCUACUUAACAUUGUUCUAAAAUGUUUGUAACUCAUGUUAGUGCACUGAUUUGUACAUUACCAAGCAUCUUUUAUUUGAAAUAUUUUGUUGCAUUGUAAUCUACAUUGUAAUGUUUAUGCAAUAUGGCCGUCUAUGCUAUGGUUACGGCCUCAAACCAUCAGUUACAGUCAUGAGCAAUAUAAUGUACCCACUUUAGGACUCUGUUGCACUAACAUAUUUGACAUUUAGUGAGACUUACAGUUCAAUUUGUCAAAAAAGUUAGGUACCAAAGUGUAUACAUAUUAAUGCUCGUGACCGUACAACCCUUACUAAUCUGAAUGUACUAAGCCUGAAUUCCGCGAAUAGUAAAGCAACUUUUGAAUUGCUGGAUGCUCAUUUUGCAGUAGUGAGUUGAGUUGUCCGUCCAGUUUUAUACAAUUUUGCAACAAUAUCUUAACUAUAGAUGUGUACGUGUGAUUUUUAUAAGACCGUUGGUCGUGUAGUUUAGCUAUCAACUGACUGUGACGAUGUAUGAGCAUUGUAUGACGCCGUUUGGGACGUUCAGUGAACAAAACUUACAAAUAAUAAAACAUAUUGGCGCCGAUUCGGGCAAUAAUCAACUUAAUUUGAACAGGACUAAAACUAGCUCUAUCUCCUUCUUGCACUCAUUGUAAGUGAAAGACGGCACUAGUUUAAAAGCUAGACAAUGUAAAAGUCGGUUAAGUCUGUGUCAGCCAGAAUUGGAUAGUUUCCUAGGUCAAAGAUAAAUUAUGAAAUAAUUUUUCUAUUUAACCUAUUUAUGAAUUUUAAUAAAGAAAAAUAUAAUAAUAAAUGCGACAUUUUGUCACGUUUUUCUAUGACGUCACAGGUUGCUUUUUCACACAAAUUAAUAUAAUAAUAAUAAUUUCGUGAUUUGACUAGUUGGAAACUACCUAAUUGGCAAGUAUAGUCCCGCUAAAAUGACGCAUUACAAGGGAACUUCAUGUAAAGGCUAUAGAACACUGUCGCAUUAACACAUUUGACAAUUAUUGAGACAUUGGAUUCAAUUCGUGUAAUAAGUUAAAGCGACAUGGUUACACAUGUUUUAUUAUUUGUGAUUUCUAUGACGUGUUUACUUAGUAUAACUCAUCGUUAUAUCAGAGUUCGUGAUUCAUCUGUGUUGUUUCAUCCGACAUCGACAUAAGGGGGUUUAAAUGGCCACAUCGAAGCAAUUCAUCUAAAAAAGCAGUAUUGCUAUUUGUCAUUUAUUUGCAUUGCGCACUUAGUUUUAUAUGCGCAAAUGUCAAAUUGCAAUAUUGCUUUUUUAGAUGAAUCGCUUCGAUGUGGCGUUUUAACCCCCCAGAACUAAUGUUACUUAUAUUAAAAAUACCUAAUUUCAAUGUUCCUCGAACUGGUGUCGAAAACAUAUUGAUAAGAAGUACUUACUAAAGAUAAAACCAAUUACUAAAGAUUAAAGGCAAAGUAUAUGUGAAACUGUUCAAAAUGUUAGACAAAAUAAUCACAAGAUUAAUCUACUCAACUACUGAAGCAGUGAUGUAAUCAUAUCUUAAAAGGUUAACAUAUACUUGGCUAUCAUAAAAAUACGGUUAUUAUUGAAAACAAUCGAAAAUAUUAAAAAAAAUAUACGGUCGAAUUGACAACCUGCACCUUUUAUGAAGUCGGUAAAAAUGUAAAUUAAUUUGUUUGUGACAAUUUUAGUGAGAAGUAUGAUUUUACAAAAGCUUUUUUACUUCCAAAGUUUUUACGUCCCCCCCCCCCCCCACUAGAUACUUUAUACGUGUUAGUAGUUUCAUUAGUGUCUGUAAAAAGACUACCAAUUGGUUUUAGCUUCAAAAUUUAUGGGGUUUAGAAAUAAAAUAAAACAAUUAUGUACCAGGAGGUACACAAAAUCGUACUUAAAAACCCGAAUUCCGGCUAAACCCCACGUAUUUCGAGAAAGUCACCAAAGAACAAAAAUAUCAACUCGCUAAGACGCUUCGAAUGAGAUAUGUCUGGAAUCUGUUGGUUGAAACAAUGAUAUACCAGAAGGUACCCAAAAUCAUACUUAAAAACCCGAAUUCCGGUUAAACCCCGGGUAUUUCGAGAAAGCCACCAUAGAACAAGAAUAUCAACUCGCUAAGACGCUUCGAAUGAGAUAUCUUUUGAUGGAGGGGGACGUUUUGACUCAUCGUCCUUUAACUGUUUAUUCCAAGAGAAAACAUGAUAAGAAAUCAACAACAUAUCUUCCAAUUGCAAGACUGCUUUCAAUAAUAACAGUGGCGCUCAUAGAACUGACACUCAACGAUAGCAAUAUGCUCAAUUUUACUAAACUAUGUCGAAGCUCAUCUUUAUUCUGUGGCUUGUCGUUACUUAACCUUAAUACCGUAGCAUGUAUGUACGUACCUACAUUUUGUACUUUAUACGAGUAGAUGUAGGACCGUAUCAGUGUAAAAAGCGUACUGUAUAUUAGCUAGGUACAUGUAAUAUAUUCCAUAGACGUCGUAGAGUAGUUAGGUAUAGAUGAAAUUGUACAAAUGCAUAUUAAAUAUAAUAAUUUUAAUAUUGAAUUGUAAUUUAAUCAUCUGUAAAACGCAAUCAAGUAAAAUAUACAAAUUUUCGUAUCUA